AUGAGUUGCCAAGCGUUCAGUUCAUCUGACACCUUUGUACCCUUGAAUUCUGACUCUUCUCCCUCUCUGCCUCUGAUAAUGCAUCACAGCGCCGCAGAGUGCCUGCAGGUCUCUAACCAUGCCACCAAUGUUGUGUCUACAGUCCCAUCUGUUUUGUCUUUGAUCCAAAUUUGUAUAUGCUUUUGUAUCCACUUUGCCAUGACAACGCUGGGACACACGUUGGCAGGACUUCAUUACUCUGUGCCCUCAUGUCAUUAUGGAAAUCAAACAUCUACCUAUGGGGUGAUGGCAGGCAUCAAGCCUGCAACUCCAGAGAUGCUCUCAGCAAGCCUCUCCCAGACUCGCAUCUUACAGACAUGCAGCAUGCCCCAUCCCAAUGUAGUAAACAGUGUCAGCACCUUGCAAAGUAGUCUGACCCCUUGCCUUUAUAAAUUCCCGGAGCAUGCCCUGAGUGCCAGUUCCUGUGCCCUGGGCCACGGCUUCACACCCAUGCACCAGUCCCUCCUCACAGAUGACCCCACCACCACAGACUUCAAGCAGGAGUUCCGCAGAAAAAGCAAGUCUGUCGAAGACCCCAUCGACAUGGACUCCCCUGAAAUCAGAGAACUGGAGAAAUUUGCUAAUGAAUUUAAGCUGAGGAGAAUUAAGCUGGGUUAUACACAAACUAAUGUUGGAGAAGCACUGGCCGCUGUGCAUGGCUCUGAAUUCAGCCAAACGACUAUUUGCCGGUUUGAAAACUUGCAGCUGAGUUUCAAGAACGCAUGCAAACUGAAAUCAAUACUGUCCAAGUGGCUGGAGGAAGCAGAACAAGUAGGAGCUUUAUACAAUGAAAAGGUUGGAGUAAAUGAACGGAAGAGGAAGCGCAGAACCACCAUAAGUAUCGCUGCCAAAGAAGCCCUAGAAAGACACUUUGGAGAACAAAGUAAGCCUUCUUCUCAGGAAAUUAUGAGGAUGGCUGAGGGGCUCAAUCUUGAGAAAGAAGUUGUGAGAGUUUGGUUUUGCAACAGAAGACAAAGGGAAAAGAGAGUGAAGACAAGUUUACAUCAGAACGCCUUUAGUUCUAUUAUCAAGGAGCAUCACGAAUGCCGGUAA